CAUCAACCUUAUUAUGUUUAAAGAGCCACCAAUGUUAGCAAUCUAAAGUUUAUGGAUGCGACGGCCGUCCGGAAAAAGAAAACGAGAAAUCUCGCUAAAUCCCGGUACGUCAUAAUCGGCAUGUAUUAUUACAGAGCGCAAUAGCUGCUACUCUUCUCUCCCACCACCAACACCAAUCCAUAAUGGAGUGGCUUCCAGUCGCUGCCAGGAAGCAAUCGCUUCUUGGGAGAAGCCUUUUGAACCGAACACGCCCAUUCCUCUCUUCGCAAACAUCACGCCCUCAUUAUGCCUUUCCUCCGAGUUCCCGACGCAUAAACUCUCGUGAGCGUACAACCGAGGCCGACAUAGACGGCAACGAAGAACCUCGCCAGGCAUACCCAUUGUCGGGCUACUACCAUGACAUCCUCGUAACCAAAUCUCCCUACCAUCGGCAAGCACCUACCUCGCGCCCCGUCCCCACGAAACCCGAGAAAUCAACACCGGCCUCCACGGUCGAACCGCAGUCCCCGAAGGACAAGAUGUCGAUUGUCUUCGGUAGCCGGCUUCAAACUCCCGGCCGUUCAUCGCGAUAUGACGCAGGCAACGUGCCUCCUGAGUCGAUGUGGAAAACUAUCAAUGGGGUUGCGAUCCCGCCGCGGCCGUCGGAACCGGAUAAUUGCUGUAUGAGUGGCUGCGCUCAUUGUGUAUGGGAUGAUUAUCGUGAUGAUAUGGAAGAGUGGGCCAAUAGGCUCGAGCACGCGAAGGCGAGGGGUGUACCGAAGACUCCGGAUAUGCGUGAGGCGAAUUGGCCUGUGGAGGACCAGAAGGAAGAUAUAUUUGCCGGUAUCCCUGUGGGAAUUCGGGAGUUUAUGAGGACGGAGAAGAAGUUGAAGAAGAAACACCAGGAGGCUACGACAUGAGGGCUGGUUCUUUUCUGGUUUGACGGGAAGGGAAGAAUGAAGAAAAGCCGGGCUCUUUGCCAUUCAAACUA